GGGAGGCUUGGUGCGGGGAGGUGGGAUGGGGGGACAAGGGGUAGGGAGGAUUGGCGGGGCGAGAGACGGAGAAACCCAGGGUAGCAGGACAAGGAGAAGGGGAGGGGUGCCCGGGAACCUGGGGCCCUUGGAUGGAGAGGGGGAUGAAGCCGGCCAGGUUUGGAGCAAACAGGGAAGGGAGAGGACGGCAGUGAGCAGGGGCGCCUUGGAGGAGAGGUGAGGCUGAAAGCGCAGAGGAGAGUGUGUUUGGGGGAAGGGAAACCAGAGCAGGUAUGGAGGCCGCAGCUCAGAAGGUAGCUAUGGGGCCAGACUGGAGACCCCUGGGUGGGAUGGAGGGGCGGGGACUGGGGGAGGGAAGCCGGGAGCCUCCCAGGUCCUGAAAGAGGAAGAAGGUGAUUUGGGCCAUCAGCGAGGGAGGCGGAGACCACCGCUAAAAGGCCGGGGUGCAGGAAUAGGGGUGGACCGAAGCCCGGGCCCAGGCGAAGGACUGGAGAGGGGGACGGGGGACGGCAGGGCAGGGAAUGGAGAUACAGGGAUGGGUGGUCUUCCAGAUGCCCAACUCACAGUGCCCCCACCCUUUCUCCAGCAUCCCCGCCCUGCCCUCAUGACACCCCCCAGCCGCAGGCCCCAAGAGGGGGUGGGGAGUCUGACUCUUCCCCCUUCCCCAGCGGGGUGCAGUGUAGGCAAGUAGGCCCUGGCAUAACUCCUUGUCUAUAGUGGAUCCGGGACCCAGGGAGGGCCGCCCCCCGGGCCUGGUGGCGCUGAGCAGGGCCCCCCAGCCCCCACCUCCUGCCCCGCGACAUGAACCUCCUCUACCGAAAAACCAAGCUGGAGUGGAGGCAGCACAAGGAAGAGGAGGCCAAGAGGAGCUCCAGUAAGGAGGUGGCUCCCUCAGGCCCGGCAGGGCCCGGGGCUGGCCCAGGGCCCGGGGUGCGAGUGCGGGACAUCGCCUCUCUGCGCCGCUCCCUCAGGAUGGGCUUCAUGACGAUGCCCGCCUCCCAGGAGCACACCCCCCACCCCUGCCGGAGCGCCAUGGCCCCACGCUCCCUCUCCUGCCACUCGGUGGGCAGCAUGGACAGUGUGGGGGGCGGGCCUGGGGGCGGCGGUGGGGGCCUCACGGAGGACAGCCGAAGACCCCCGGCCAAGCCCCGGAGACACCCCAGCACCAAGCUCAGCAUGGUGGGGUCGGGGGCAGAGAUGCCCCCCAGCAAGAAAGCAGGCUCACAGAAGCCGACCCCAGAGGGCCGCGAGUCCAGCCGGAAGGUUCCACCACAGAAGCCCAGGCGGAGCCCCAACACCCAGCUCUCUGUCUCCUUCGAUGAGUCCUGUCCCCCAGCCCCAUCUCCUCGAGGGGGGAACCUGCCCCUUCAGCGCCUCAGUCGGGGGUCCUGCGUAGCUGGGGACCCUGAGGUGGGUGCCCAGGAAGAAGAGCCUGUGUACAUUGAGAUGGUGGGGGAUGUCUUCAGGGGAGGAGGGCGAAGUGGAGGGGGCCUGACUGGGCCCCCUCUUGGGGGUGGGGGCCCGACCCCUCCGGCUGGUGCCGACUCGGACUCGGAAGAGAGCGAGGCCAUAUAUGAGGAGAUGAAGUACCCGCUGCCCGAGGAGGCAGGGGAAGGCCGGGCCAAUGGGGCCCCUCCACUGACGGCAACCUCCACGCCACACCAGCCUCACGCCCUUCAGCCUCACACCCACCGCCGUCCAGCUUCUGCCCUCCCCAGCCGGAGGGACGGGACGCCCACCAAGACCACCCCUUGUGAAAUCCCCCCGCCCUUCCCCAACCUCCUCCAGCACCGACCUCCACUCCUGGCCUUCCCCCAAGCCAAGUCUGCUUCCCGAACCCCUGGCGAUGGGGUCUCGAGGCUACCAGUCCUCUGCCACUCCAAGGAGCCAGCCGGCUCCACCCCAGCUCCCCAAGUGCCUGCCCGGGAGCGGGAGACGCCUCCCCCACCGCCUCCGCCUCCCGCUGCCAACCUGCUGCUGCUGGGACCCUCGGGCCGAGCCCGGAGCCACUCGACCCCGUUGCCACCCCAGGGCUCUGGCCAGCCCCGGGGGGAGCGGGAGCUCCCCAAUUCCCACAGCAUGAUCUGCCCCAAGGCAGCAGGGGUGCCGGCAGCCCCUCCUGCCGCGGCUGCCUUGCUUCCCGGACCCCCCAAGGACAAGGCCGUGUCUUACACCAUGGUGUACUCAGCAGUCAAGGUGACCACGCACUCUGUCCUGCCAGCUGGGCCGCCCCUUGGUGCUGGGGAGCCAAAGACGGAGAAAGAAAUCUCAGUCCUCCACGGGAUGCUGUGCACCAGCUCGAGGCCCCCCGUGCCCGGGAAGUCCAGCCCCCACAGCGGGGCCAUGGGCGCAGCAGCUGGGGUUCUCCAUCACCGCGCCUGCCUGGCUUCCCCACACAGCCUUCCGGACCCAACUGCAGGCCCCCUGACCCCCCUCUGGACCUACCCAGCUGCAGCAGCUGGGCUCAAGAGACCCCCUGCCUAUGAGAGCCUCAAGGCUGGGGGGGUGCUGAAUAAGGGCUGUGGAAUAGGGGCGCCAUCUCCCAUGGUCAAGAUCCAGCUGCAGGAGCAAGGGACCGACGGGGGGGCCUUUGCCAGCAUCUCCUGUGCCCACGUCAUCGCCAGCACGGGAACACCAGAGGAGGAAGAAGAAGAGAUGGGUGCCUCGACAUUUGGGGCAGGCUGGGCUCUGCAGAGGAAGGUCCUGUAUGGAGGGAGGAAGGCAAAAGAGCUGGACACAGCAGUUGGGGACAAUGCCCGGGCCUGGAAUGGCAGUGCCGAGGGUCCAAGCAAGGUGGAGCGUGAGGACAGAGGCCCUGUGACAUCAGGGAUCCCAGUGAGGAGCCAGGGGGCAGAGGGCCUGCUGGCCAGGAUCCACCACGGAGGAGACCGAGGAGGGAACCGCACGGCGCUGCCCAUACCCUGCCAGACCUUCCCCGCCUGCCACCGCAAUGGAGACUUCACGGGAGGCUACCGCCUGGGGCGCUCCGCCUCCACCUCAGGAGUCCGGCAGGCCGCGCUCCACACUCCCCGGCCCUGCAGCCAGCCCAGGGAUGCCCUGAGCCAGACCCACCCUGCGCUGCCGCUGCCGCUGCCCCUGCCGCCCCAGCCCGCCCGCGAGCGCGACGGCAAGCUGCUGGAGGUGAUCGAGCGCAAGCGCUGCGUGUGCAAGGAGAUCAAGGCGCGCCACCGCCCGGACCGCGGCCUCUGCAAGCAGGAGAGCAUGCCCAUCCUCCCCAGCUGGCGGCGCGGGCCCGAGCCCCGCAAGUCCGGCACCCCGCCCUGCCGCCGGCAGCACACCGUCCUCUGGGACACUGCCAUCUGAGGAGGGCGGGGGGCUGGGGCACCCGAACUGGGGUCGGGGCGGGGGUGCCUGGGCUCUCCCCGGGAGACUUGCCUUGAAAGAGGGGCGCUUGAAAGACCAGGUGAGAGAGAGCCAGGGAGAACCCCUCCCUCCACCCUACCCCCCCCCCGAGAUGGGGGGGGUCUGCCAGGCCCACCGCGUUUGGGGCGCCAAGCGGCACCCCCAGAAAUUUGGGGGAGGGUCUGCUUGAGGUCGGCAGUGAGGCCCUUCUCUGCUCUCCCCACUGAGCAAAGUGGACCCCUCCUCUUGAAAGGGCAAAGGGCAAAGGCCAAGCCGGAGGCCAGCAUGGGGGAGGAGGGAAGGGUUAGGGAGGAAGAAGGGGGCGGGUCAGUGACCGGGACUAGAGAGUGAGAGAUAGAGGGACUCUUAGAGAGUGGGGACUGGGGGAGGUGGUAUUUAUUUUGUUAUUUAUUUUAGUCCGGAAGGCAAUUCUGGGCCCUUCUGACCUACUCCUGCACAGGGAGCGGGGAAUGGCAGGCAAGUAAAGGGAACCAAGUUGGCACUCUCCCCGGUGCCUAAAGCGCCGCCCCCCACCCCGCAUCCAUGCCAGUCUCAAAGCUGGGGACUGGUCUGGCGUGGGGAGUGCAGCAGAAGAGAGGGGCUCCGGUGAGCUGAGGGUCAGAGGACUCAUUUACAGUAUUUACAAGUCGCCAGUAUUUGGUAGUGAGCGUGGCCUGCUCUGAAACAGGCAUCUUACUUAGCUGGGGGGUGAGGGUCUAGCACCAGGGAUGGGUGGGGUGAUGGGGAAGGAGGGAAAUUUUAGCGGGUGGGGGGCGGGCAGGGUAUUUAUUUAAAUUAAAAAAAAAAAACAGAAGAGAUGUCAGGAAUUUUUUUUUAAUUCCUUUCUUUUCAGAAUAAUAUAUUAAAAGACUAACGAUCCUAGAGCUGGCUUCUUAUAUUUCAGUGUGUGUGCUGCCUUUCUUACACCUGUUUCGUUCUCCCUCUUGCCCUUGGUUGGUGGGAGUUGGAGGUGGUACAGGGAGGGUUACUAUGACAAGUGAAAGGGAGAGGUGAAAUUGGAGGUAAGUCUUUAGGAAUGCCACCAUGCAGUGACUCAGCAAGCACUCACUGAGCAUCUGAUGACAUGUGCGUGGCCAUGCACCAGUGCACAAUGAACAUUCAGACUGCAGCCUGUCCUCAAGCAGCUUAUAGUCUGUUCAGGGAGAUGAGCUCGACACAAGGCAGUGCUCCAGGAGUGAGAGAGGGAAAGGGCUGGACUCAUCUGACAAGGCUUCCUGGACAGUGAGCCUCAAAGUACAGGUAAGGUUUGGAUGAGCAGAGGGAGAAGGGCAAGUCCCAAGCUCACAGUGUGAUUAUCUGCCGGGAUGGGGUGGGGGCAGCAUCUGUGUUUAAAUAAUGCAGAGGGCAGUGAGUCAACCUUGAUGAAGCUGGUUCACAAAGACAGGCCUCAAAGCAAGAUGCUGGUCUUCAAGAAUGAAUCCAGGGAGGAGGAUAAAAAGAGUGUCUGGGAGAAUGGGGGGGCAAGGGACAGUUUGCAAGAUACAGCUGAAGAAAACAUCCUGUGGAUGGGGAUGAAGGAUGUGAAUGGGGCAUCUGAGAAGCUCAAGGUUGGAGCUCAAGUGAUGGAGGAAGUAAUCAGCUUGACAAAGCAUGGAAAGUGGAGUUGAGAGGGGCUUUGAGGGAAGAAUGUUGACUCUGAAGCAAUGAUGAAUACUCGGGGUGAACGAUUUGUUAUCAGCUAGACCAGAGAUUCAAAAAAUGUAAGAGACAACACCAGAGGUGUUUUUAAAUGGUAGGUAUGAAGGACAUUUUUAAAGCAUUAAUAGCUUUGAAAUUAUUUUCACGCACAUUAGAGACGUUAUAAUCAGGACAUCAGGCUAUUUGUUAUUUCAUGGCCAUUAUUGCACGAGAUAAGGCUAAAUUUAUUUUUAAUGAGUUGGUUUAAAGAAAAAUAGUAAAUAAUAGUAUAGGUGGUAUAGAGAAUAUGAAAAAUUAUGACAAUGGUAUGAGAAUUUUUGAAAUUUAGUAGAUACCAAUUUAGAGAUGAAAUGAUGAUGGUUUGGGAGAGACAACCAGGAGUCAUCACGAUAAAACUGGUACACAAGGCCAAGAAUGAGCUUCAUAAGAGAGGGUGUGGACAGAGAUAAGAGUUAAGUGUAAUAAAAUCCACUAACUAAUUUAAAUAAAUAAAUAAAGUAAAAAAAGUUAAGAACAAGGAAUAGCUUUUCAAUGUUUUACUUAUUUUUUAAAAAUUGAGCUAUAAUUGACAUAUAACACUGUAGGUGCACAGCAUGAUUUGAUAUAUGUAUAUAUUGUGAAAUGAUCACCCCAAUAA